AAUAUGCGGUGUAUCAUUUUACAAAGUGUUGCGACUAACUCGUUUGUUCGUGAGAAUAGCAACUAAGCAUUUUAGCGAUGACUACGCGUCCAAAAUGCUAAAAUUUGAAAUAUGCAAUGCAUAAUCCGUUAUUGUCUUGCAUUUAAGGUUUUAUUUUGCAUAAUUCAGUUUUGCACGGAUUUGUAUUGUUUUUCUAUAAAAUAGGAAAAAUCAUUAAACUUUACUCAUUCCUUUGAUCGAUUCCCAAUUGUCCACAAUUGUGGUAUCCUCAUCCGUGUUAUUUUCAUCUUCAGUGCUUUUCUUCAAGAAAGUUUGUUAAAAUGUUAGUAAGUAUUUACAUUUACUUUUAGUUCAUGUAUUGUGUUGGAGUUUUUUACAUAAUAAAUUUACACAACAUUUUAAAUACCAUAUACCUAACCGAUUUCUUAAUUUUCAGGUCUAACUACGAAUAUUCAUCCGGUUCGGACUCCCAACUGCCGCUGGCGCCUACGCCUGCGCCGAAAGUGUUGAAAAAGAAGCCUGCGAGCAAGAGGAAGCCGGCGGAGUCGACCCCAACGCCUACUAGUUCUAAAAAGAAGUCGCGGUCGAGCGCCAACGACGAGGCAGGCGCGACCGCAACGUAUUCAUCGAGUACUGGCCCUGGAGGACUCUUCGGGUUUGAGACGGGAGCAACUUCGGGGACGUCGAAGUCUGCAGUGCUGCAGACUUAUUUGACCAGCCGCGUCCCCAACGGUCGAGUGCGCCGGGAGCUCGUCAACCAGUCUGGCGAGUACUAUAUAGAGUUCCGGGUGUAUAACACCGAGAAAGCUGUUGCCUCUAAACCAGAUCAGCGGUGGAAAGAGGCUGAAGUUACUCUUAAAGUAAAGUUAGAUCGGGGGACUCCGCAGUGGGAGAAAAUGCAAUCGUUUAUGCAGCGGAUUCAUAAUUUAUUUGAAGAUUGUGAGCCCGUCUUCAUAAGCGAAUAG